CCGAACGGAUAAACGAACUUUUACUGCAUUUCAUUUUCCAACUUGCAACUCAUCUGACGGUUUUCGUGUGUGUGUUCUGUGCGUCUUGCGGUAGGGUCUCACGGAAAACCGUUCGAUAAGGAACAAGGCAAAAACACGCCGUACGACAAUACCCCAUCAUCGUUCGGUACCGUUCGUGUCGUGUAGGAUUACAGCAAACCGCCGCAGUGUACAAGUGUGUGGCAAGCGAACGAGUUCGAGUGGUGACGACGAUAAUCAGAUAUAACUGAAUUAACUAUCAAAAGCAAGUGUUCCUCCCCCCCUUUGCUGAGACCGUGGAAGUGACCAACCAAGAAGACAAGCACUAGCAUAAGCGCAGCCGGAAAAUGUCGCAACAACUUCCGAUACGUUUUCAGGAGCAUUUACAGCUCACCAACAUCAACAUCAAUGCGAGCUCGAUCUCGUUCACCAAUCUGACGAUGGAGUCGGACAAGUUCAUCUGCGUCCGGGAGAAGGUCGGUGAGACGGCGCAGGUCGUGAUCAUCGACAUGAACGACGCACAGAACCCGAUCCGAAGACCGAUCAGUGCCGAUUCGGCGAUCAUGAACCCGGCGAGCAAGGUGAUCGCACUGAAGGCGCAGAAAACGCUGCAAAUCUUCAACAUCGAGAUGAAAUCGAAGAUGAAGGCGCACACGAUGACGGAGGAGGUGGUGUUCUGGAAGUGGAUCACGCUCAACACCCUGUCGCUGGUGACGGAGACGUCCGUGUACCACUGGUCGAUGGAGGGCGACUCGACGCCGAUCAAGAUGUUCGAGCGCCAUUCGUCGCUGAACGGCUGUCAGAUCAUCAACUAUCGCACCGAUCCGAAGCAGGCCUGGUUGCUGCUAGUCGGUAUUUCGGCACAGCAGAACCGUGUGAUUGGCGCCAUGCAGCUGUACUCGGUCGAGCGCAAGGUUUCGCAAGCGAUCGAGGGCCAUGCGGCCUCGUUCGCUACCUUCAAGAUGGAGGAAAACAAGGAACUGUCGACGCUGUUCUGCUUUGCCGUCCGGUCGCAAACGGCAGCGAAGCUGCACAUCAUCGAGGUCGGCACGCCGCCGGCCGGCAACGUCGCCUUUACGAAAAAGGCGGUGGAUGUGUUCUUCCCGCCGGAGGCGCAGAGCGACUUCCCGGUUGCGAUGCAGGUUUCGCCGCGGUACGACGUGAUCUAUCUGAUCACCAAGUACGGGUACAUCCACAUGUAUGACAUCGAGACGGCGACCUGCAUCUACAUGAACCGUAUCUCGGGCGACACGAUCUUUGUGACUGCGCCGCACGAAUCGAGCGGUGGCAUCAUAGGCGUUAACCGCAAGGGGCAGGUGCUGUCGGUGACGGUGGAUGAGGAGCAGAUCAUCCCGUACAUCAACACGGUGCUGCAGAACCCGGACCUGGCGCUGCGCAUGGCGGUGCGCAACAAUCUGUCCGGCGCGGAGGAUCUGUUCGUGCGCAAGUUUAACCAGCUGUUCCAGAACGGCCAGUUUGCGGAGGCGGCCAAGGUGGCGGCGAUCGCGCCGAAGGGCAUCCUGCGCACGCCGCAAACGAUCCAAAAGUUCCAGCAGGUGCCGGCCCAGCCGGGCACGAACUCGCCGCCGCUGCUGCAGUACUUCGGCAUUCUGCUCGAUCAGGGCAAGCUGAACAAGUACGAAUCGCUCGAACUGUGCCGCCCGGUGCUGGCGCAGGGCCGCAAGCAGCUGUGCGAGAAGUGGCUGAAGGAGGAGAAGCUCGAGUGCAGCGAAGAGCUCGGCGAUCUGGUGAAACCGUCCGAUCCGACCCUUGCCCUCUCGAUCUACCUGCGCUCGAACGUGCCGAACAAGGUGAUCCAGUGCUUCGCCGAAACGGGCCAGUUCCAGAAGAUUGUGCUGUACGCGAAGAAGGUCAACUACAGCCCGGACUACGUGUUUCUGCUGCGCUCGGUGAUGCGCACCAACCCGGAGCAGGGGUCCGGCUUUGCGAGCAUGCUGGUGGCGGACGAGGAGCCGCUCGCCGACAUCAACCAGAUCGUGGACAUCUUCAUGGAGCAGAACAUGGUGCAGCAGUGCACGGCGUUCCUGCUCGACGCGCUCAAGAACAACCGCCCGGCGGAGGGGGCCCUGCAGACGCGCCUGCUCGAGAUGAACCUGAUGUCGGCGCCGCAGGUGGCGGACGCGAUCCUUGGCAACGCCAUGUUCACGCACUACGACCGUGCGCACAUCGCGCAGCUGUGCGAGAAGGCCGGCCUGCUGCAGCGCGCCCUCGAGCACUACACCGACCUGUACGACAUUAAGCGGGCGGUCGUGCACACCCAGCUGCUGAACGGCGACUGGCUGGUGGGAUUCUUCGGCACGCUCUCGGUGGAGGAUUCGCUCGAGUGUCUGAAGGCGAUGCUGACGGCCAACAUUCGCCAGAAUCUGCAGAUCUGCGUGCAGAUCGCGACCAAGUACCACGAGCAGCUGACGACGAAGGCGCUGAUCGACCUGUUCGAGAGCUUCAAGAGCUACGAGGGGCUGUUCUACUUCCUCGGCUCGAUCGUCAACUUCAGCCAGGAUCCGGAGGUGCACUUCAAGUACAUCCAGGCCGCCUGCAAGACCAACCAGAUCAAGGAGGUGGAGCGCAUCUGCCGCGAGUCGAACUGCUACAAUGCGGAGCGCGUCAAAAACUUCCUGAAGGAGGCGAAGCUGACGGAUCAGCUGCCGCUCAUCAUUGUGUGCGAUCGGUUCGAUUUCGUGCACGACCUGGUGCUGUACCUGUACCGCAACAGUCUGCAGAAGUACAUCGAGAUCUACGUGCAGAAGGUGAACCCGUCCCGUUUGCCAGUGGUCGUGGGCGGCCUGCUCGACGUCGACUGCUCCGAGGACAUCAUCAAGAAUCUGAUCCUGGUCGUGAAGGGCCAGUUCUCUACCGACGAGCUGGUGGAGGAGGUCGAGAAGCGCAACCGGCUGAAGCUGCUGCUGCCGUGGCUGGAGUCGCGCGUCCAUGAAGGUUGCGUGGAGCCGGCUACCCACAACGCACUGGCCAAGAUCUACAUCGACUCGAACAACAAUCCGGAGCGUUUCCUGAAGGAAAACCAGUUCUACGACAGCCGCGUGGUGGGACGCUACUGCGAGAAGCGCGAUCCGCAUCUCGCGUGCGUUGCGUACGAGCGGGGCCAGUGCGAUCGCGAGCUGAUCGCGGUUUGUAACGAGAAUUCGCUGUUCAAGUCAGAGGCCCGCUACCUGGUGCGCCGCCGCGACGCCGAGCUGUGGGCGGAAGUAUUGUCCGAGGCGAACCCUUACAAGCGGCAGCUGAUCGACCAGGUAGUGCAGACGGCCCUGUCCGAAACGCAGGACCCGGAUGACAUCUCCGUCACGGUGAAGGCGUUCAUGACGGCCGAUUUGCCGAACGAGCUGAUCGAGCUGCUGGAGAAGAUCGUGCUCGACUCGUCCGUCUUCUCCGACCAUCGCAACCUGCAGAAUCUGCUCAUUCUGACGGCGAUCAAGGCGGACCGUAGCCGCGUGAUGGACUACAUCAACCGCCUGGACAACUACGACGCGCCCGACAUCGCCAACAUUGCGAUCAACAACGAGCUGUACGAAGAGGCGUUCGCGAUCUUCAAGAAGUUCGACGUGAACACGUCCGCCAUCCAGGUGCUGAUCGAGCAGGUGAACAAUCUGGAGCGUGCGAACGAGUUUGCCGAGCGCUGCAACGAGCCGGCCGUCUGGUCGCAGCUGGCCCGCGCCCAGCUCCAGCAGGGCCUAGUAAAGGAGGCGAUCGAUAGCUACAUCAAGGCGGACGACCCGAGUGCCUACAUCGACGUGGUCGAGACGGCGAGCAAGAACGACUCGUGGGAGGACCUGGUGCGCUAUCUGCAGAUGGCGCGCAAGAAGGCGCGCGAGAGCUACAUCGAGAGCGAGCUGAUUUACGCGUACGCCCGCACGGGCCGGCUGGCCGAUCUGGAGGAGUUUGUGUCCGGACCGAACCAUGCCGACAUUCAGAAGAUCGGCGACCGCUGCUUCAACGACCGCAUGUACGAGGCGGCCAAGCUGCUGUACAACAACGUGAGCAACUUUGCCCGGCUCGCGAUCACGCUGGUGCAUCUGCGCGAGUUCCAGGGCGCGGUGGACGGUGCCCGCAAGGCCAACUCUACGCGCACCUGGAAGGAAGUGUGCUUCGCCUGCGUGGACGCGGAAGAGUUCCGGCUGGCGCAGAUGUGCGGUCUGCACAUCGUGGUGCACGCGGACGAGCUGGAGGAUCUGAUCAACUACUACCAGGACCGGGGCUACUUCGAGGAGCUGAUCGGGCUGCUGGAAGCGGCCCUCGGGCUGGAGCGCGCGCACAUGGGCAUGUUUACCGAGCUGGCGAUUCUGUACUCCAAGUACAAGCCGGCCAAGAUGCGCGAGCAUCUGGAGCUGUUCUGGUCGCGCGUGAACAUUCCGAAGGUGCUGCGGGCCGCCGAGCAGGCGCACCUCUGGUCCGAGCUCGUGUUCCUGUACGACAAGUACGAGGAGUACGACAACGCGGUCCUCGCCAUGAUGGCACAUCCGUCCGAGGCGUGGCGCGAAGGGCACUUCAAGGACAUCAUCACCAAGGUGGCCAACAUCGAGCUGUACUACAAGGCGAUCCAGUUCUACCUGGACUACAAGCCGCUGCUGCUGAACGAUAUGCUGCUCGUGCUGGCCCCCCGCAUGGACCAUACGCGCGCCGUCAGCUUCUUCACCAAACAGGGACACCUGCAGCUCGUCAAGACGUACCUGCGGUCGGUGCAGAGCCUGAACAACAAGGCAAUCAACGAGGCGCUGAACGGGCUGCUGAUCGACGAGGAGGACUAUCAGGGCCUGCGGACGUCGAUCGACGCGUUCGACAACUUUGACAACAUUGCGCUGGCGCAGAAGCUCGAAAAGCACGAGCUCACCGAAUUCCGUCGCAUUGCUGCCUACCUGUACAAAGGAAACAACCGCUGGAAGCAGAGUGUGGAGCUGUGCAAAAAGGACCGACUGUUCAAGGACGCGAUGGAGUACGCGGCCGAGUCGCACCAGGGCGAGCUGGCGGAGGAACUGCUCGGAUGGUUCUUGGAGCGGGGCGCAUAUGAUUGCUUCGCGGCAUGUCUAUUCCAGUGCUACGAUUUGUUGCGGCCCGAUGUAAUACUAGAGCUCGCAUGGCGCCACAACAUCAUGGACUUUGCUAUGCCUUACAUCAUCCAGGUGACGAGAGAAUACACCUCCAAGGUAGACAAGCUGGAAGCGUCCGAUGCCGAGCGACAGAAGGAGGGCGAAAGCACCGAACACAAAUCCAUCAUCAUGCCCGAACCGCAACUCAUGCUGACUGCUGGCCCCGGUAUCGGCAUGCCCCAGUAUGCGCCGCAGUACGCCGGCGCGUACGUGCCCCCGCAACCAAAUAUGCCCCCAUACCAGUACGGUGGUAUGUAAAAUUGCACGUUAGCGCCUAACAACAAGCACUAGUACAUUCUACCGUGGACGGACGAUCCAAAACACACAUACACACUGUGCGAGUAGUAGCAGUAGAAGUAGUGGUAGUAGUAGUAGCGUAGGAAACAAGCAUGUGUAUAGAGAGAAAUUCAGCUCCACCCCCCCUCCUCUCCCUAGCUCACAGCUCAAACGCAAUUUUGUGCAAUGCUCCCUGUCUUCAACAAUCAUUCCCAUAUUGACGAUUGCGAUUUGCGUCGUGCGUGUGUGACGCUUAGAUUUGUUUUUUAAGCUCCUGCGGAAGCACACAAUAUUGUGUAUUUUUAUGUUGUGCGCGCGGCUCUGUACGCCAAACGCGUAAGAGCAUGCCCUUGUGCCGAACAGUUUCUCUGUGACUGUGAAAUGUUUUCAGCUGCAAUGCAUGUAGCUGAAUGUGUUUAACGAUUGUUAUGUGAAAUCCUUAUCCGACUGUCUACCUUCCAGUUUUGUUUAUUUUUUGUCGCCGUCUGCGCAAACAAAUUAGUGUAAGAAAGACAAUGUACACACAAACACACACACACAAUCUUGUCCAUAACCCUUCAUGCAGGAUUGUACAGAGCGCUAGUGGUGCAUCAGUGAAGCGUGCUAGUAGUUGACAGCAUCAUUACCGCAGAGGAUGAGAAGCAAUUUAGACAAACAUAUAUAGACAUUUCGCUCGCUCCCGUCAUCCUGUGGAUAGCAUUUAGUACACGUGAUUUAUCCGUGAACAUGCUUCCCUUGAUUUUAUGUCUAACCCACAACAUGUGUGUGUGUGUGUGUGUCGCCACUGCUGCUAAUGCCAUUGCUACUGGUUCUAUGGUUCUACCGCUGUCCUGUUGCAUUGCGCUCACGUAACCCACUUUCUGUCCGGCGUAUCGCGACCACAACAACACUCAUUGUCUCAUCCUUGAAUCGCCGUUCCACACAUACACACAAAUACCCACACUACUACCACCCGCCGUGCAACCGUCCGUGUUGUGCCGGUGUCACGCGUUUAGGUACGCCGGCGCUGCGAUACGAAUCAUCAGCAUUUAGUUAAAUUACUACACGUGCGCCCAAUAGAAGGGUGAGUUUCUGGGGGUUUCUUCCCGUUUUUGCUUUGCUUUUGCUAUACCCACACCCACCCACCAGUGUGGUUUAGUAGUAGUAGUGGAAGAAAGGCGACAGUGUGGCAGUGGUGCAAAAGCGCGGCUAGUUGUUAGAGUAUAUUAUAUAUCUAUUAUAAAACAUAUAUUAAACAUUUGCGUAGUAACGAUUAUUCUGUAGUGUUUAUGGGGCAACGCAAAAGUGCACCACCUUCCAAUUUACUUGUGUACGAAAUAAAGCGAUAAAAUGGUUUCGUUUUCAAAUGUA